CUUUUCCAUUUCAACAAUAGCAUGCGCCAAGAAGUGUUUGCACAGCUGCCGUCGUACAAUCCGUUCGUCGGGUCCUUCCACCAUGCCCCGAGCGCAGGCAACCGCGGCGCCGCGUACUUUGCAGGCGACAUCGUGUUUACCCCCGAGCUCGAAAUGCGCAAGAAGCUGCGCCAAAACCCGUUUGCUGGCACGUUCCAUGCCCUACCGGGGUACUACGACCCACUCCAUGGCCUGAAGAACUUUCGCAAGCCUCAAAAGCAAACCACGGAAGACAUGUAUGUGGAGGUGGAUCUGGACUCGCGCCACUCCGAGUCGUCUGUGUACAUCCUGACCAAACCCAAGCCGACGCUGCAACGAGUUCGAUCUCGCAGCGAGUCCGAUCUCACGGCUGCUGUGAUGACCCAACAGCUCAAACCCAAGACGACAGUGAACCGAUCGUCCACGGCCCGGCGGUCCAGUACCACAGACGUCGUCAAGAUCAAGCGGCAGCGAAGCAAGAGCCACCAGCAACGAUUCAUCUCGUUGGCCACUGCCGCAUAACGCUGUUCCAGACAGCUGACCUAUUUAUUCAAACGUGUAGCAAUAUAUUCUUCUCGAUGCGUCUCUGCAUGUGUUCCUUCGCC